CCCGGCGGCCGGGAGCUCCGGUGGUUACAAGGAGCGCGGCUCGGCUCGCAGAGCACCGGGACCGGACGGUCCCACGGCCGCUCAGUCCAACGAGCCUGCGCCGGGCCCCGCGGAGGGGAAAGGCGAGAGGUGUCCGGGGCCGGCUCCGCUCCCUUCCCGCCGGCAACUCACCUCCCGCCGGUGGGGUCCACCCGCCGCCGCCGCCACCGACCCCCUUUAAGGGCGGCUGCCUCGUCAGCGCGGCUCGGGCGAGCUGCAGCUGACAGCCCGGAGCGCCUUUGACGUCAGGCUGAGCUCAGCGGCCGCCCGCCGCGUCACGCCCCGCCGCCGCCUGCCCAUGUAUAGGCACCGCGCCCCGGCCUUGCGCAACGCCCCCCGCCCCCCCGCCCGCGCGGGCAGCCCGGCCCCGCCGCCUCCCGCAGCGUCCCCGGGGCACCGGCGGCUUGGGGGAGGGGGCGUGUGUCCCGCUCCCUCCCGCGCCCCCUCCCCGGGCACAUGGCGGAGCGGCGGCCGCAUGUGACCGCCGUCACCUGACCAACAUGGCCGGGGCCCGCGCCGCCCCCGCCGCCGCCCGCCGCGGCUGAGCCGCCGCUGCCGCCGCCAGCAGAAACCACCAUGGACACCUUCCUCCAGAGCGUGGAGAAGGACCUGAACAUCGACCGCCGUCAGCUGGCCGCCGCCGCCGAGGGGACCCACGUCACCGCCUUGGUGCCCCUCAAGUGGCUGUCGAGCCUGCGGGAGCGGCGGGUGCUGCCCGGGCUGUGCCCUCGGCCCGAGGCGCUCAGCGACGUGGAGCUCAGGACGUUCCUGCAGCACUCUGUGCACAAGCUGCCCACGGGCUGGACCCGGGUGGAGAUCCAUGGGCUGCGCAAGGCCCGGCUGAUGUACCCCCUGCGGGUUCAGCAGCCCCCUGCCCCUGCUGCCGCCGGCCCCGAGCAGCAGGACACGCUGCACGGCUUCAUGCACGGCGUCGCCUCCCAGAACUACCGCAACCUGUGGUGCCGAGCUCACCGGCUGCACGUCAGGCCGUACCGGCACGCCGGUGCGCCGCCCACGCUGCCGGCCCUGCACGCGCUGCGGGCUGCCCUGCAGAAGGCUUACGGCUGCCCCAUCCUUCAGGUGGGUAAGAGCGUGCCCGCUGCUUCCCCCGCCAAGGAGAGCGUGGCGGCCGCCAGGGCUGUGCCCUCCUGCCCCAACGUGCUGCAGGCUGAAGCUCUGCUGGAGUCGGCUGACAUGCUGUACGUCGUCUAUCCCUACGUGCAGUACUGUUUGCAUGACAUUGUGACUUUCAGCCCGGCCAAGCUCACCAACAGCCACGCCAAAAUCCUCUUCCUCCUGUUCCACGUGCUGCAGGCCAUGAGGGCUUGUCACCAGGCGGGUCUGGCCUGCGGCGCCUUCUCUCUUCGGGACGUGGCUGUAGACGAGAAGCUGUGCAGCCGUCUCCGCGUGAACCUCAGCGCGUACGAGGGAGCCAAGGAGGAGGAAGAGUGUCCCGAGGCAGAUCUGGAACGAGGGAGUGAGCAAAGCAGCGCUGGGGGGCGAGGGCAGGAGCUGAGGUGCACCACCUGCCAGAGGGACCUCCGAGACCUGGUGUUGCAGUGGGUACACGGGCAGGUCAGCAACUUCGACUACCUGAUGCGUCUGAACAGUUUGGCUGGGAGGAGGAUGGGAGACCCCAAUUACCACCCCGUGCUUCCCUGGGUGGUGGACUUCACUACCAAAAACGGCAAGUUCAGGGACCUCAGGAAAUCCAAGUUCCGUCUCAACAAGGGAGACAAGCAGCUGGACUUCACCUACGAGAUGACCAAGCAGGCGUUUGUGGCUGGUGGCUCCAGCGGGGAGCAGCUCCACGUCCCCCAUCACAUCUCCGACGUCCUUUCGGAUAUCACCUACUACGUGUACACGGCUCGGAGGACGCCCAGGGCGGUGCUGUGCUGCCACGUGAGGUCCCAGUGGGAACCCAACGAGUAUCCUGCCAGCAUGGAGCGUAUGCAGAGCUGGACCCCGGAUGAGUGCAUCCCAGAGUUCUAUACAGACCCUUCCAUCUUCCGAUCCAUCCACCCCGACAUGCCCGACCUGGAUGUGCCCUCUUGGUGUAGCUCCUAUGAGGAGUUCAUCCAAGUCCACCGCGCGCUGCUUGAGAGCAGGGAGGUCUCUCAAGACCUCCACCACUGGAUUGAUCUCACUUUCGGGUACAAGCUGCUGGGGAAGGAUGCUGUCAAGGAGAAGAACGUCUGCCUUCAUCUAGUAGACAACCACACUCACCUGACGACUUACGGGGUGGUGCAGCUUUUUGACCAGCCGCAUCCCAGGCGCCUGGUGGGACCUGCCUACAGCCCUGCCGAAGCUCCAGCCAUCGCCCGGCCCCUCCUGCACAACCUCCGGGACUCGGUGUGUUUGGAGGAUACCCAAGGCCAGGUGAUGGAUGCAGUUAACGGGCUGGUCCCGGAGGCGACUCCCAGCGAGACCACUUGGUCUGGGGAGAAAUCCCUGGCUGGUGAGGAUGAUUUGGAGCAAGGCACAGAAGCCCUGGAUUCGAUUUCUGCCUCUGGCAGAGCCGCUGAGCAGCCCUGUGCCGCCGUGCCUUCAGCACAGCCCCCCACCCUCCCUGCUUACGCCACCGAAGGCAAAGCCUCGGGUGUCCGGCCCCUGCGUCGGAGCAAAGCGGGUGCCGUGGAACAGGCCGACGUGAAGAUCGUCCUUCCUGAUGGCUUCAAUCCCCUCCAGGCCCUGGAAGAGCUGGAGAAGUUGGACAAUUUCCUGGUUAAAGGCUUAAGCAGUGAGAUGCAGCUAAGGGAGCAGCAGUGGGAAGAGCUGCCCUUGGGUCUCUCGGACCUCUUCCAGAGGGACAUGCAAGCUUUGGGCAUUCUGGUAGCCGAGAUCGUAUUUGCACCGAGGAUUCGUCCCUCGAAGCCAGAUGCAUCCCUGUUGGAGAGGUUCCUGAUGGUCAGGCACCUGUGUCGUUACCAUCCCAAGGAGAUCCCGGCCCCUCUCCAGCACGUGCUGCACGUCCUGCUGCAGCUGAGCGAGCCCGUGGAGAAGCUUCUCAAGACCAGGCCGGGCAAAGGCACGGUGCAGUUGUUUGAAUACAAACCCAUCUCCCAGGGCCUCCCCCCACCCUGUCCCAUGCAGCUCCUCAGUCCCUUCAGCUCUAUUGUCCCUUUCCCCACCUACUUCCCAGCCCUGCACAAGUUCAUUUUCACCUAUCAGGCAAAGCGGAUCGAGGAUGAGGCUCAGGGCCGGGACCUUGUUUUCCAGCUGUGGCAGCAGCUGGAGGGAAUCCUUUCCGAAAUCACUCCUGAAGGCUUGGAGAUUCUUCUGCCCUUCAUAUUAUCUCUGAUGUCUGAGGAGAACACUGCUGUGUACGCAGCGUGGUAUCUCUUUGAGCCUAUAGCCAAGUCCCUGGGUCCCAAGAACGCCAACAAGUACUUGCUGAAGCCCCUGAUCGGGGCGUACGAGGCUCCCUGCUCUCGCCACGGCAGGUUCUACCUCUACACGGAUUGCUUCGUUGCCCAGCUGGUCGUGCGCCUGGGGCUGCCGUCCUUCCUGCUCAGCCUGCUGCCACACAUCCUGCAGAUCCUCGUCGGCAUCGAGGGCUCGCGGGAGGAGAGCAAAUCCCUCCUCGGGGCGGCUGAAGACGACGAGAGCGGAGGGGUGAGCCCGGUGUCCUGUGUGUUUGGGGAGGAGAUCAAGAUGGAUGUGGAGCACAGCUCGGCUGCACUCGACCUCCUCGACUACACCUCUGGUGUCAGCUUCCAUGACCAAGCCUACCUGCCUGAGAGCGAGGACUUCCAGAGCGGCCUCUACGUCGGGGAGUCGCUGCAGCCUCAGGAGCAGGAAUCGCUCAGCCUGGGGCGGCUCAGUGACAAGAGCAGCGCCAGCGAAGUGUCCCUGGGAGAGGACAGACCCACGGAUGGGGAUUCUCAGAAGGACAAGAGCAGCUUGAAGUCGAUGGACAGCAGCCAGGACCUGAAACAGAGCGAGGAGGAGGAGGAGGAAGAGGAGGAAGAGGAGCGCGACGAAGAGGAGCACGAUGAGGCCGCGGCUGAUGCGGAGCUGGCGGUGGGUGCUGGAGCCUCUGUGGAUGUCACCCUGGCUGAGGACAGCAGCGAGCCAGAGGAUGGAGAGGGAGAGGAGCUGCCAGAUCACUCUGAUGACAAAGAGCAGACAAUACUCCUGGACACAGCCUGUAAGAUGGUGAGGUGGCUCUCAGCCAAGCUGGGCCCUACCGUCACGUCCCGCUUCAUCGCCAGGAACCUGCUCCGUCUGCUCACGUCCUGCUACGUCGGCCCUACCAGGCAGCAGUUUGUACCAAGCAACGAUGAGAACGGUCCCCUGAGUACAGGAAACAUCUACCAAAAGCGGCCGGUGCUGGGAGAUCAGGUGUCCAGGCCGGUGCUGGCCUGCCUGGUGCACGUGGCAUACCUGUAUGGAGAGCCUGUCCUCACCUACCAGUACCUGCCCUACAUCAGCUACCUGGUCGGGCCCAGCAGCGGGGCCGGUGUGGGCCGGCUGAACAGUCGGAAGGAGGCAGGGCUGCUGGCUGCUGUGACACUGACUCAGAAGAUUGUGGUGUGUCUCUCAGACACCACACUGAUGGACAUUCUCCCCAAAAUCAGUCAGGAGGUGCUGCUGCCAGUGCUGGGCUUCCUCACUUCGCCAGCCAUCGGUUUCCCCAGUGGUGCCCAGGCCCGGACUGUCCUCUGUGUUAAGACAAUCAGCCUCAUUGCCUUGAUCUGCCUGCGGAUUGGGCAGGAGAUGGUGCAGCAGCAUUUGAGUGACACGGUGAGAAACUUCUUUGGAGCGUUCUCACUGCUGCAGGAGCUGCAAGACCAGGGCUUGACAGCAGAGUCGCUGAGCAGCUGUGAGGUGCAGGUGAUGGAGGUGCCCCUUUCAGAUGGGAAGCUGCUGACCCUGGAUCCAGCUGUGCUGAUGGAGUUACAGAAGGUGUUUAACCCUGAGAUGGCCUAUAUCACCUACAUCCCCUUCUCUUGCUUGCUAGGGGAUGUUAUCCAGACGGUUGUGCCCAACCACUCGCUGGUUGAGAAGGUGGCCAGCCUCUACCUGGAGAAUGUCAACCCCAAGAGCCUGCAGGCUGUCAGCCUGGAACAAACAGUGAGUGCAGUGGGCUCAGACCAGGACAGCCGAGGGACAGAGCCCUUCUCUAACCACCACGAGGACUCUGGUACUUUCGGGAGCGUGCUGGUAGGGAACCGCAUCCAGGUCCCUGUGGACACACAGCGUGAGGGUCUUGGCUUCCCACGCCUCAGUGCUGGCACUGAUGGCUUCAUCCCCAGCUCAGCCAGCGAGGACAACGCCCUGAAGCACGACCUGCCUCGCAGCACACACAUGCUGUGUGGGAACUGGCUGGCCUACUGGCAGUACGAGAUUGGGGUGAGCCAGCACGACCCUCGCUUCCACUUCCACCAGAUCAAGCUGCAGAGUUUCUCAGGGCAUUCAGGGGCCAUCAAGUGUGUGGCACCUCUCAGCAGUGAGGAUUUCUUCCUUAGUGGCAGCAAGGACAAAACUGUGCGUCUCUGGCCCCUCUACAACUACGGGGAUGGCACCAGUGAGGUGCCUCCACGCUUCACCUACGCUGAGCACAAGAAGUCUGUUUUCUAUGUGAGCCAGCUGGAAGCAUCACAGCACGUGGUGAGCUGUGAUGGGACUGUACACAUCUGGGACCAGUUCACAGGCAAACUUCUCCGGACUUUUGAUGAAUUGGACAGCAAAGUGCCCAUCACAGCUGUGACCACCAUGCCACCUCCCUUCCACAGCAUCUCCGUGGCCAGCGCCGACUGCGUGCUGCGCUUCAUCGACCACAGGAAGCCGGGGCUACAGCACGAGUUCCGCCUGGCCAGUGGGGUGAGCGCGGGGCUCAUCCGCUGCCUGGCCGUCAGCCCCAACGGGCGCAGCCUCAUGGCUGGCUUCUCCUCUGGCUUCAUUGUGCUGCUGGACACCAGGACAGGCCUCAUCAUGCGGGGGUGGCCUGCCCAUGAGGGAGACAUCCUGCAGAUCAAGGCUGCAGAGGGCAAUGUGCUAAUCAGCUCCUCUUCAGAUCAUUCCCUGACUGUGUGGAAGGAGCUGGAGCAGAAACCUUUACACCACUACAAAUCUGCAUCUGAACCCAUCCACGCCUUCGACCUCUACGGCAACCAAGUGGUCACCGGCACCGUGGCCAACAAGAUCGGUGUCUACUCCAUGCUGGAGUCCUCAGCUCUGCCCAUCAGCACCACCAAGCUGAGCUCAGAGAAUUUUCGGGGUACCCUGACCAGCCUGGCAGUGCUGCCCACCAAAUGCCAUCUCCUGCUGGGCUCAGACAACGGUGUCAUACGCCUGCUGGCGUAGCGAGCCCGGGGCCAGGAGCUCGUGGCUGUCCCACAGCGCUGGUGGGAGAGCUGGAAGGAGGCAGAGCUGGGUGUUGUGAGCAGAGGAUGCAGGGAGGGAGGUGUAUGUGUUAGUGAGCACUGGGUAAAGCAUCUCUAACCUCUUUCUGUAUCUUGUAAAAGAAAACAAAGAAGCCAUAACUGAGAAACCUUCACUGCUGCUGGGAGAAAAACUGAGCGUUGUAGGUCGCUGUCACCCCUGCAGAGAGGCCUGGAGCUUUCUUUACCACGUGUGCCUGAGCCCCAGGGGACUGUGAGCUGCCCUCCAGAGUAAUGUGGACCACAGGUAUCCCCCCCCUCCCCUUCAUUUAAAGGGUAAGAGGUGUCCCUUGCCAAGAACACAACAGUAUAGCUCCUGCUGUCUGCACUUACCCUGCACUUCCACUCCUGAACCACUAAACAGUCUUACUAGGAUAGAAUGAGCUGGGCCUGGGAACUGCUGCCUUUGGAGCUGUGUGGUGAUGGGCAUCUCCUCCUCCUGUGGUCUGUGUUCAGAGCCCAGAGGAUGUUCUCUAUUCACUUCAGGUUCUGCUGGCUGAGUUAGAGCCUGUAUGGGAGGAGGAGAGGUUAACUCAGAGCACUUCUGCUGCCUUCCUGGCUCCAGGGCAAAGACUGGAAUGGAAGUCAGCUGAGGCACAAACCCCAUCUCUGCCAGUUCAUUUGGGAAUGGGCUGCUGCAGAAGGACGGUUUGGGAUGGGGGUGGGGUAGGGAGGCCAGAGCUAGAUGCUUCAGGGAGGAGUUUGGCUUCUGGAGCAGCAGGGUAGGGAUGGAGUGUUGCUGGCUCCUGCCCCAGCAGCAGGCCAGGGGUGGCCAGGGGGUGAGGAAUGCCCUGUGUGCCGGGCACUCGCAGUGUUUCUCAAGAAACCCUCCUUCCCAUCCUCUCCUUUGUGCCGGUCAGACUCCUGGGGAAGGCAGGAGAGUAAAAAUGCAUUCAGUUUUGUCCCCUCCUACUCUUGAGAGUGAGAGCCAGGAGGCAGAAUCCAGCAUGGCCUCCUCCUGACCUUCCCUUUGGGACAGCACCGUCUGUUCCCACCCCAAAGGCAAGGACGGUGCUCUUUGACCCAGCAGUAAGAGCAGUUCCUUCUCUUCUGUUGCAGCCCUUUUCCCAUCCAUCUUUCAGCCUAGUCAGAGCCAGUAUCCAGGGGAGUAGGAAGCUCUUAUCUUGGGCAGAGGAGGAGCCUGCUGUGGGUUGUCCUGGGAGGGGAAAGGGCUCGUAUCCAGCUGUGGGCUCAUCUGAGCCACCCACAGCUGGGACAGAUGCCCUUUGCUUCCAGGCAGGGUGGAGAGGUGAGCAGUUGGCCCUUGCUGUCCUUCCCUACCCAAGGGGAGCUCUCAGUCCCUUGUUGCCUAUUAACCAUUUGCAAUAGAUGUAAAUAUUUCCUUCUAAUAAACUCUUUGAAAGAGAUGCAGAGAA